AUGUGUUGUACAUCAUCUUCCACUUCCACUUCAUCGAGUGAAGAAGCGGAGGGAUGUCUAUGCGGAGAACCCAACUGCUCAACCUCUUCAAGCGAAGACGAAUCGGAAGUUUUCCAGAUCCCAGGUGAGUUCCCCCACGACAUCAUCAUUACCGACAUCUCUUCUGAGCGCGAGGGUGAGCACUACUCAUUCUCCUCCGACUCCGAGUCAGAAAGCGAAACCUCCUUCCACAGCAUCCCCGGUUCCUUCCCCAACACAACUCACCUCACCGGUAACGAACAUCUUCGAGCUCUCGAAGAUGGAAUUGAAGGAGACCCUAUUGAUCUCCCACAGAAUCGUCGUACCCUUACGGUUCCCCCGGUUGAUAUCUCUUCCCGAGCAAGUGUUCGUCGUCAGACGAUCUCGGAAGAUACCCAGCGCCGACGACAUGGGUGUGUCUCUGGUUGUUUUGGAUGUCCUGCUUGUGAGAAGCGGGGGGAUGAUGCGGAUGUUGAGGAUCUUGAUUUGGAGGCGGGCGAGAUUGAUGAGGGGAGUCAGUAAGAGGUAGGUACUUCUCUGGUUUGUACUCUCUCCUUUGAGACCCGUUCGGUAAGUUUUUACACCUAUAUCUUUUUAGAUUCUUUCUUUCUACUCGAAUUUCCUAUUGUUUUCGAUCUCAUGCUGUAGAAAUCUCCUGUGCAGAAUCUCUAGGUUAUGUUUAGAAUUCUUGAGAGCUGGUUUCUUAAAUUAAACUCCUUUUUUUUCAUAGCUUAUACUUGUCCUUUUCUGUGCCCCAUGUGAUAUAA